AUGGACCUGAAGCACAUUCUGCGCGAUUUUUGUAUGAACCCCAGGCAUACAAGAUGGGUUGCUCCUCUACUUAUUCUGGGCGAUGCCGUCCUUUGCGCACUAAUCAUCUGGAAGGUCCCGUAUACUGAGAUCGAUUGGACGACCUACAUGCAGCAAAUCUCACUCUAUAUCUCAGGCGAGCGCGACUACACCUUGAUCAAAGGGUCUACGGGGCCUCUGGUGUAUCCCGCCGCCCACGUGUACAUUUACAACAUCCUUUACCACCUUACGGAUGAAGGACGAGAUAUCUUCCUCGGACAAAUUCUGUUCGCUAUUUUAUAUCUGUCUACCUUGACCGUCGCGAUGACCUGUUAUAGACAGGCCGGAGCCCCUCCGUAUCUCCUAAUACCCCUUGUGCUUUCAAAGCGGCUUCAUAGCGUUUUCUUGCUGCGCCUAUUCAACGAUGGAUUUGCGGCUUUCGCCAUGUGGGUUACUGUCCUCUUGUUCAUGAACAAGAAGUGGACCGCUGGAGUCAUUGUAUGGUCUACAGGUGUUGCUAUCAAGAUGACGCUGCUGCUUCUGGCUCCUGCUAUCGCAGUUGUGCUGGUGCUCAGCUUAUCCCUUGGACCAAGUAUUCAACUAGGACUUCUUGCGGUGCUCAUCCAGGUCUUACUUGGAAUACCGUUUCUGCAAAACAACCCGACGGGAUAUGUUUCGCGAGCCUUUGAGCUGACCAGACAAUUCAUGUUCAAGUGGACAGUCAAUUGGAGGUUUGUUGGAGAAGACCUAUUUCUAUCGCGCAAGUUUUCCCUGGCCCUAUUGGCAUUGCACAUUUUGCUGUUGGGUCUGUUUGUUGCCACAGUUUGGCUGAAGCCGUCUGGAUCAAACCUGCCAAGCUUCCUGCAUAGAUUAAGCCAACGACGCUACCACACAGUUCCCCUUUCCAAGUCUUUCAUAAUGACGGCAAUGCUGUCAUCACUUGCGAUUGGUCUGCUGUGCGCGAGAUCGCUGCAUUACCAAUUCUUUGCUUAUCUUGCUUGCACGACACCCUUCCUUCUUUGGCAGGCGGGCUUCCAUCCGAUCCUUGUAUACAUCGUCUGGGUGGCGCAAGAGUGGGCUUGGAACACAUAUCCUAGUACCAACACGAGUUCUCUAGUCGUGAUCCUCUCACUCGCUGCUCAAGUAUUCGGUGUGCUCGGCAGCUCAUUCAGUCGCAAGCAUCUGGAUCAGAGUAGCCAAAAAGAACAUUUGCAAUGA